AUGUCGGCGGACCUGUUUGCCCAGUUCGGUCCGUUCUCGCCCGGCAGCCAGGCGACGAGCUCGCCGUCGGCCCAGACGCCCGCCCACCGCAGCAGCAACAGCCGGCCAGCCGACGACCCGUUUGCCUUUCUCACCACAGCCCUGUCGCAGACGCCGGUCGCUGCCACAGCACCUGGACCAGCCUCAGCUCCAGCUCCAGCACCAGAUACCGACGACGAUGACGCCUGGGGCGACUUUGAAGACGCCUCGGCAGUGCCGGACGUGACGACAACCAGAUCCAUCUCGUAUCAGGCCUUUCCACCCGCUCCUCAGCUGCAGCCACCACCACCACCACAACAGCCCAAGACGCGCGUGGUGCGGUCGUCGACCAUCGAUCUCAUGACCAACACCCUCAUUCAUUUUGACAGCACGCCCGCCACACAGACACCUAUACCUGAGCCCACCAUUGGCCGGACUGCAGACCAGCUCCAGCCGGUCCCGACGCUUCCGAAGCCACAGCGGCCUGCCAACUCGAACGUGCUCUUUGACGCCGAGGACUACGACGGAACCGAAGGACUCGAUCUCGAUGACGACAAAGACGACGACGACGACGACUUUGGCGCCUUUGAGACGGCACAGCCGACUGCCACGGCUCUGACAGACCUCCUCUCUCUGUCGGACGCAACCCCAGCAGUUCCGGCUGCCCGUCAGAGGAAGCAGCCACCGGCGCAGCUGCUGUCUGUGGCGAGCUUUGGCGACACCGCCUCGCUGGCCAGCCCUCUGGCUGCCUCGGCCAGCUACCCACAUCCGCUCAAGUCGCCCUCUUUCCGGGACCGUAACCCGUUUCCCGGUCUCGUGGUCACAACGCCCAGCGCGUCUGCCUUCCCGACCGAGCAGGUGGCCAACCGGACACCGUCGCCCAUCACCGUGUGGCCGACCCUGGACAGCAACUCGGCCCUGAUGGGAAAGGACAAAAAGGACAAAAAGGACAGAAAGGGACGGUUGGCCGGCCUGCCGGCAACAGUCGACGACUGGGAGGCAUGGGAGCUUGCCGACACGCUGGGCUCGCCCAACACGGCCAGUGCCUUGCAGUCGGCCUCGCCAGCCUCGCGGUGGGACUGGGGUGAUGUUGCACCGGCCACAAAACCGGCACCAGCACCAGCACCAGCACCAGCACCAGCACCAGCACCAGCACCAAAGCCCGUGCUUCCCAUUCCGCCCGCGAUAGCGAGCCCACCCGCGGCCAAGACGAUCCCCGACAGCGCCCCCCCGCCCACCAACGUGCCACCGCCGUCGAUCCUGCUGUCGGCGUUCCCGGCGCUGCUAGCGCUGCCGGACGAGAUGCUGCUGCGGCCGCUGGCCGGACAGCCGGCAGCGAUCCGCAGCCAGGUGCUGGGCGACGCGCGCACGAUUGCCUUUUUGCGCAGCUGUCUGCAGCUAGCCAUCGUGGCAGCGCGCAUCGUGGCCGGCCGCAAGCAGCGCUGGCACCGCGACCGAUUCCUGGCCCAGAGCAUGACCAUCUCGGCGGCCGGCAGCAGUCGUGGUGGCGGCAUGAAGCUCACCGGCGUCGACCGGGCCCAGGGCCAGCGCGAAGACAGCGAGGCUGCCGAUGUCAUCGCCGUCUGGCGCCGACAUGUCGGCAAGAUCCGCAGCGCCGUCGCCGUCGCCAAUGCCGCCAUCGCUGCGGCCAAUGCCGCCGGUCAGCUGCGCCACCAGCAGCCGCUGCGCAUCCCCGACCUACCUGCCGAGACGCUGCUGCCCGUCACUGUCGCCAAGAAUGUGCCGACCGCCCCCCGGCCCUGCGUCGUCUGCGGCCUGCGGCGCGACGAGCGCGUCCGCGGCGUCGACCCCGACGAUGUCCCCGACAGCUUCGGCGAGUGGUGGGUCGACCACUGGGGCCACCGCGCCUGUCGCAAUUUCUGGGCCGAACACGAGGCCGCACUGCGGUCACGGUGA